CCCUGCCUUGGCAAACACGCCAGCACGCUGUGCUUCUUCAACUCAGGGCCAGAGAGCUGCGUCUCGGAUCAACCGCUUCCCCGAGGACAUCUUCCAGAAGACAGGAGCCAUGGAAGAGCUGGUGAGAGACCCCAGAUUUCCCCCUGAGCUGAUCCACCUGCUGAUAGACAAUUACAGCAUCCCCGUCGCCUGCUUCUCCAAACCACCUGGGGCUCUGCAACUCCUUCACGUUCAGACCACCAUUGAACACUGUGUCACAGGCACGGUGACCUUCCUGACCCUGUUUUCCAUCGUCAUCUUCACCGAAGAAGCUCUGUAUCUCUCCAAGAAGGUCUGUUGUCCUGCCAAGAUGAAAACUCUCAUCUGGAGCAGCUCAGCGCCCACCGUAGUCUCAGUGUUCUGUUGCAUCAGGCUCUGGGUGCCGCGCUCCAUGAUGGUGGUGGAAAUGGCGGUGGGCGCGUACUUUGCCGCCUGCUUCUACCUGAUGAUGCUGGUCAUCGUGGAGGGCUUUGGGGGGCCGCAGGCCGUGCUCAAAGCCCUGAAGGGCACCCCCAUGGUGAUAAGCACAGGGCCGUGCUGCUGCUGUUGCCCCUGCUGCCCCCGCAUCCAGAUGACCAAGCACAAGCUGAGGCUGAUGAUCCUGGCUACUUUCCAGUACGCCUUCUUGAAGACAGCCUGCACCUUCCUCGGCUUGGUCCUGGACACGGAAGGUCUCUACGACCCCUCUGACAUUUCAGCCGGGAGCGUGGCUCUGUGGAUCAACACGGGCCUCGGGGUGUCCACCCUCUUUGCCCUCUGGGGACUGGCGGUCCUGUUCCGGCAAGCCAAGGGGCACCUCAAAGACCAGAACAUAGUGGGCAAGUUCGUUUGCUUCCAGGUUGUCCUCAUCCUGACGGCGCUACAGCCCUCCAUUUUCAGCGUCCUGGCAAAUGGGGGCCAGAUCGCCUGCUCCCCGCCCUUCUCCUCCAAAGCAAAGUCGCAGCAGAUGAACAUGCAGCUUCUCAUCGUCGAAACCUUCCUGAUGACGGUGCUGGUCCGGAUGUUUUACCGGAAGGCGGACGACAGAGCGGCGUACGAUCUGGUCACCCCGCCGGAAAGCAAAGCGGAGAACGGCAGCCACUGAGCCGGGCCCGAGGCCCAUCUGGUCUCAAAUCCGGGGGGCAGAACGCAGACGAGGACACUGAAUUCUGUGAAAUAUUAUUGACUCUGGAGCCCCCAGUAGCAAGAAGACGGCAAUCCCCAGGAGAAUACGGGACAGAGGCAGAAGGAUGGUAGAUUACUGCCUGUUUCCCAAAAGCGCAUGGCACCGAUAUGCUAUCCAGGGGUGGCCCACCUAUGGCGCUCCAGAUGUUCAUGGACUACAAUUCCCAUCAGCCCCUGCCAGCAUAUGGUGGCAGGGCCUGAUGGGAAUUGUAGUCCAUUAACAUCUGGAGUCCCUUAAGUUGGCCACCCCGUGACAGCUAUACCUUCCCUUCCAGAUCUUCGCAGUUAAAAACCGUGACAUGCUUUUAACACCCCGAUUUACAGCCCCGUGCAUUGCGGCCUCAGCUCCAGUUGCCAAUCUGCUGCUGAGUCCUGGAGAUCUCCCGGAACGACAACUGAUCUUUAGACCGCGGAGCUCAGCUCCCUUGGAGGAAACGGCCGCUUUUGAAGGGUGGACUUUGUGACAUCAUAUCCUGUGGAGGUUUACUUCCAGAUCUCCAAGAACGCCACGAUCCAGGACCGCUACCCUCCUCCCCUGGUUGCAUGCGGCAUUCCUUCACUCUGCAAGAAUCGUUGGUUUAAAAGCUAGUGAUUGGCUCCUUUGGUAAAGAUACGAGAGAAA